UAUUGGGGGCUUGCUUUCAAAUGUUAUGUAUUGAUAGCACGUGCUUUGGCGUUGACAAAAAAAAAAUAAACCUCAUGAAAGUCGGUUGAGAAAUUAGGUCUAUGCAUUGCAUUGGACGGGAACGUCGACCUUCCCAACAUGGCCUCCACGUAGGCACGUCGGUUAGCUUGGCCGCAACAGAGCGCUGGCUUAUCUUGUCUUCAUAUCUAUGUGUUCCCCUUCCGUCUUCUAUUAAUGGUGGAAAAACAUAAACGGCUAAUUCACCUGAGCCACCAGCCGGGCACCGCUCGAUUGUAGUUGUGAAACGCCUGAAGAUGCUUGACACGCUGUGACAUUGUCCUAUGACUGCGACAUGUUUCUAUGACACCAACUUUACCCGGCGGGCUGCUGCACCAAAUCGGGUUUCACAUCUUCAUUUGGGAAGAAAUGACUACAGUCAGGCAAGAAGGUAAAGACAAAAUAAUCUUUGUCACCAAAGAGGAUCAUGCAUCACCCAGCAACGCUGAGCUUGUUGAGGAAAACCCCGAUGAUCCCUAUGAGGAGCGAGGCCUGAUUCUUCCCAAUGGGGACAUUAACUGGAACUGCCUCUGUCUGGGCGGGAUGGCCAGUGGUCCCUGUGGGACCGAGUUUAAGGAGGCCUUCUCCUGUUUCCACUACAGUAAAGAAGAGGUGAAGGGCUCAGAGUGCCUAGAUCAGUUCAGAACAAUGCAAGAGUGCAUGCAGCGCUAUCCAGAACUCUACCCUCAAGAAGACGACAAUGUCCCAGAGGAAAACGCAUCUAAAGCAGAGCCGACCACAGAAGACGCUACCGCUACGGAUUCCAAGUCCAUAUUUGACUCUGUUCAGGCAUCAGACAGCACACAAGCAAGUGUAGGGAGACCACUAGAAAGCUAGUAACUGCUAUCAGUUUGAGAAAGUCAAAACUUAUUGUUCUUUAAGAUGAGCCAUGAUGUGCUAGUGUUACUCCGUUGCAUUUUUCGCCUGAAAGCCAAUGUUUCUAAAAGACUUUAGCUGGGCACACAAGAAACUCAAGAAACAGAGAACAAAUGUUUAUUUAUGCUGACACUUUCAUCUCCAUUCGUUGGUGGAUACUAAUUCUCACUGGUGUGUCAGUUGCAUUUCAUAUAUAAUGGACGUUGCACACAUUUUUAUGUACUGUGCUGCAUCGAGCGAAUGAAUGAAGACAUUUAAGAAUUGAGCUUUCCAGGGUGUUAGUGUGGGGCCAAGCCUUCUGCUAAGUGGACUCAAAGCAUUUACCUCAACUGUUCCAAUGGCUUGCAAAUCACUGAAACUGUUAAAAUAAAUACUGAUGAAUAAUUUGUGAUAAGAUUUAUCAUUGACUACAUUGCUUCAAGUGUUGUCUGUCUACAUGCAUUGAUGCACCAUUUGUGGUUAUAGAUCUGUCCCUUGAAGCAUUAUAAUCCCAGCACACAGAUUCUAUUCAUAAGCAUUUCUGUUGUGCCUAUUAUUUGUUAGUGUUAAGCUAGCAACAUGUGUGAUUAAAUACACGUGUUUCUCUUAAGUUUUGUUUAAUUUGACAGUAAAGUUCAACUUUG